GGGGAUUCUCUUCCGGCGCGCGGCCCGCUCGGGGGGUUCGCUUCCGGGACGGCGUCCGGCCCUGCCCACCCCGGGAGUUAAGGGGAGAAUGUUCAUAAUGAGUCCUCCGAAUCUGCCAGCAAAAUUAGGGAAGACAACUUGAUAUUUCUGAUGCUGCUAAGGGAAAAUCCACCGGGGGAAAAAACCAUAAACACACUUUUUGGCCUUCCUGCUACAUCUGAAGAAACAAAAAAGAAUACCAACCUAUCUUCCUCUACUUUGUAUGUCACUAUUACCAUUACAGUAGGACUGUACACCUGCAACUGGGAUAAACAUGGAGAAAAAUGGGAACAUUCAGCUGGAGAUUCCGGACUUCAGCAACUCUGUCCUGAGCCACCUGAACCAGCUGCGUAUGCAAGGCCGCUUGUGUGACAUAGUAGUCAACGUACAGGGACAGGCUUUCCGUGCUCACAAAGUGGUGCUGGCUGCCAGUUCACCUUACUUCCGUGACCAUAUGUCCUUGAACGAGAUGAGCACAGUCUCCAUUUCGGUCAUCAAGAAUCCCUCUGUUUUUGAACAGCUCCUUUCCUUCUGUUAUACCGGGCGGAUAUGCUUGCAGCUGGCUGACAUCAUAAGUUACCUGACAGCAGCCAGCUUUCUGCAGAUGCAGCACAUUAUAGACAAAUGCACACAGAUCCUUGAGGGAAUUCACUUCAAAAUUAAUGUGGCAGAAGUUGAAGCAGAACUGAGCCAAACUAGGACAAAGCAUCAGGAGAGGCCCCCUGAGUCUCACCGGGUUACCCCAAAUCUAACCCGCUCACUGAGUCCACGCCACAACACUCCAAAAGGGAGUCGUCUGGGCCAGGUCAGCACAGUACUUGACAUUCGGGAGCUGAGCCCCCCUGAGGAGUCCACCAGCCCUCAGAUAAUAGAGCAAAGCUCAGACGUGGAGAGUAGGGAGCCCAUACUGCGAAUUAACAGAGCAGGGCAGUGGUACGUGGAGACUGGAGUGGCAGACCGCGGAGGACGGAAUGAUGAUGAUGUUAGGGUGCUUAGUGGAGUACGUAUCAAAACAGAGAACCUGGAAGAGUGGCUAGGGACAGAAAACCAGCCCUCUGGAGAAGACGGGAGCAGUGCUGAAGAGGUCACUGCCAUGGUGAUUGACACAACAGGCCAUGGAUCAUUGGGCCAAGAGACCUAUACAUUAGGGUCUUCAGGGGCCAAAGUGGUCAGGCCAACCAGCAGUGAGAUUGACAGAUUUAGCCCUUCUGGCAGCAUGGUCACUGUAACUGAGCGGUACAGGUCGAAAAGUGAGUCUCCCGGGAGAAUGGAUGAGCCAAAACAGCCCAGCUCCCAGGUCGAGGAGUCAGCCAUGAUUGGAGUGAGCGGUUACGUCGAGUAUCUCCGUGAACAGGAAGUAUCUGAGCGGUGGUUCCGUUACAACCCGCGGCUGACCUGCAUCUACUGUGCUAAAUCCUUCAACCAGAAAGGCAGCCUGGACCGGCACAUGCGCCUCCAUAUGGGCAUCACACCUUUUGUUUGCCGCAUGUGUGGUAAAAAGUAUACCCGCAAGGAUCAGCUGGAGUACCACAUCCGCAAGCACACAGGCAACAAGCCCUUCCACUGCCAUGUCUGUGGCAAGAGCUUCCCCUUCCAGGCCAUCCUCAACCAGCACUUUCGCAAGAACCACCCUGGCUGCGUGCCCUUGGAGGGGCCACACAGCAUCUCCCCUGAGACCACUGUCACAUCACGGGGGCAGGCUGAGGAAGAGUCUCCCCCGCAGGAGGAAGCUGUUGCUGUGGGGGAGACAGCACAGGGAUCUGUAUCCACCACCGGGCCAGAUUGAAACCAGGCGCACGUGAGGGAGAGAACCCUCUUCCCUCCCAUUCAGCUGCAAACAGUCAGCACCAAUACAGCGGGCUGGUACUGUAAUUAGUGCAAUGCCACCACUGGACAGGAAGCAGCUGCCAAGAUGUUGCCAAAAUAGAAGAGUAACAAAAAUAAGUGCUAAAAGCUUUUCCCCUUUUCCUCAUCUCCUUGGGAAAACAAAACAAAAACCAAACUGUGUCAAUCAGCUUCUGAUUCAGGGAUCGACAGGAUUUUUUACAAAUUUUUUUAAUCUUCAGUAGCAGUCCAGGACAGCAGUCACUUCAUUUCUUGACGGCGUUUUGGCUCAGCACCUCAGUCCUUGUGGCAAUGUUGACUGCAAUGGCUCCAAUCCAGUGAAUGCAGUGCACAGGUGUCUGUCUUCGCCAGAGCUGCUGGUCCAUCCUAAGGAGUUAGCAGGGGCCAAGGAUCAGUCACCCCUCCCCUGUUCCCAGGUAGUCAUCAUGUUAAAAAGAAAUGACCAUCCUGGUGGAGCCUGCCCUGCCAGAGUGUAUUUAUCCCAUCUUAUUUUGGUGUGUCUCUUUUUACAUUUUUAAUUGAACCGUUAUUUUAGGGCUUUCUGCUUGCCCUUUCCAGGCACGUGGCAUUGUGCCCACUUGCUGAAUGUGGGCAGCAGCCGUUAAGCAGUAUUGUAGAGGUCAGCAAAAUCUGAAGCGCUUAAGCUACUGAAAGUGAAAUUAGCAGCUGUGAGGUUUGCAUUAGAUUCUACGAUGUUCUUAGAGGUGGGGAUAUAGGGGGAGGGUGUGCUUUAUUGUUGCUAAUUUGCCUAGCACAGAGCACGCCAACUUCCUGACCAGUUUCUACACGCUGCAAUGCUUUGAAUGUUGCCAAGAGUUAGAAAGAGGCUUCCGGUCUGGAGAAAAUGAGAAGUUAGAGGCUGGCUACCAAAGUCGUCUUUGGUCUCCCCUGCACUUGAUCUUACAUAACAGCAAUAUUGUAUACUGAAGCAGUCAAACCCCAGUGAAGUGAUCAUGGGUGGUUGUUUUUAAAUACGUCUCUGUGUACUCGUUUGAUAAAUUUAUAUAAUGAAAUGGGAAAAAAAAACAAACAAAAAAAAACCCUACAUUAAUUCCUCAUGAUGGUUUGGGAAAUUCAAAGUUACGGUCCUCAGAGUGAUCAUAAGUCGGUCCCCUUGCGCAGGCACAGUAUUUUAUAUUUCAAGUAGCGCAGAGGGUAAGAGUGAAUUUACCCACCCCCAGAGAGACAUGACUACAUCAUGGUUCAUGUGUGUUUGCACAGGAGUGUGUUUAUAAACAAAAGUACAACAUACAGGUACAUAAGUGCAAAUACAAAUGAGCAACUAUCUUGACACCCUUUUUAGAAGUUUUUUAAAAUAUGCAAUAGUUUAUGGGGUUUUUUUGGCUCUGGUGCUGCAUAUGUAAGUGCAAAAAGAAAUGAAAUGCUGGUCAUGCUGAUAUUGGCAGAGUGGAAUUGGGAGAAGAUGUGUGUUUGAAGGAAUUCUCUCUCUAAAACAGUGGUUCUCAGCCUUUACAGACUCAAGGCACCUCUGGGAAAAUGCUAGCUCUUAGCUCUUACUUGUUUUUUUGACUACAGGAAAAAAAAAUAGAGCAAUUCAUGUAUUGCAAAGAACUCAGAAAGACCACAACAGAAUGUUUUUAAUGCUGUGGAUUCUUAUUUGAAAUCUCUGGGCUUAUCUUAUGAAUCAUGUAGGUGUCUGCACACCUAAUGGUGCUAAUAUAGCGCAUCAUCCUUAAAAGGAUCUCACAACAUCCCACAGUGCCAUGGUUCCCUGGUUGAGAAUCACCGCUCUAGAGGGUGCAUAGUGUGAUGGGGAAGGAUGAAACUCCAAACAUGAAGUUAACAGAAGGAACAAGGAAGCGGUUAAAAGCAAUUUACAAUUUAAUUUUGCUUUUGCAGGAGAGGGUGGAUAGUCUUGGGAUUAGAAUGCAGGACUGCCUGAUGGGAGACUGGAAUUCAAUUCCUGGUUCUCUUAUGUCUUAUUUGUGUACCCUUGGGCGAGUCUAACCUCUCCAACUCUAAUGGGGAUAAUAAUACUUUUCUAUAUCUUUUGUUUGGAAAUAUCAGUAGAAGGGUAAAGUGUUAUUAUCCAUGUACAUUAUGUGGGUUUCACUGUUCCCUGCACCUCUCCCAACUAAUGAAUCCGUUUCUCUGCAUGUUCAUGCAAGAGAAGGGAAUUGGCAUGUGAACUGCCAUGACAGAAUGUAGUGAGGAUGUUCUCUGAAAGGGGAAGCUUUGAAGAUGUGCUUGGCCAAUAGCCUGCCUUACAAUAAUUCAGCUGAUUAUUUCCAAUAUACUGACAUUUGUCAGGUUGCAGCAUAAUACAGUGAAUGCUAUUCUAAGCAGUCAUUCUAAGGACCAGCAAAACUCUGGCACCUGGCAAAGGUUGAACAAAAGCAUACUGGAAACAUUAAGGAUACUUGAAAAUGGGCACAGAAGACGACGUGAGGUGGUUGAUAAUGUGGGUUUCUCCAUAAUCAAGGCAGGAGGGGAAAUGGAGAUGUGCAGAAGAUGCUGCUUUAGUUCUAGCUUUCGCACUUACCAAAAAGACAAACUAUCCUGUUCACACUAGAGAGCAUCAAAAAUACAUUUAGUUACUUAAAAGAUUUUAAGCAUUUAAAAAAUAGAACUUUUUAAAAUACUACCAAACUAUAAAGCAUAAAAUUAUUUAUAUGCAUAUAUUAUAUAUAAAUAUAGUGGGAAAGUUUCCCUGCUGAGCUUGCUGUGAAGAGGAGGGUGAAGGUGCAGUAACUGCUAUACAAGCAAAAUUUCUCUGAAGCAGAUGGCCACAAAUCCAUUGAGGCUAAGCAAUGAAGGGUUGAGAUAAAAUGGCAAAUGCCUCAUUCGUAUGGCAUAGCUGUGAGUUUUUCAAACAGGUUUUUUGUUUUGUUUUGUUUUGUUUUGUUUUUUUACUGUUGUUGAUACUGUGAACAGAGGAGCAUCCUAAUAAUCCAGGAUCACAUCAGCACAUCCUUGCUGCUGAUUCACUCCUUUUAAUUGGCUGCGUGAAAGCCGUGAAAUCGUUCUUUAAUACUAGUCUUGGCGAGUCUAAAAAAAAAAAUAAAUAAAAAAAAGCUUGUGAAACAUUUUUUUUUCCUUUUGAUGCAGAGGUUGCAGCUGUAUACAUGAUCAUGUUUGAUUGCAUGCAAAAGAGCCAAUAUUCUUGCCCAGGCCUCAAAGAGGUGAAUAUUAUAAUGUGUAGCUAGAGUCCAGUAUAAGGAACAGGAGUGGGGAUCAUUAAUAUUCAAUGUACAUUUACUGAGUGUGUGCGUGUGCGGAUCAUCGUGUAUAGUGCUUUCUUCAACAGUGCUAAAAACAACCUAGUUCUGUCUACAUUACAAACUUAAAAAACAGUUCAGAGGGAACUGUUUCUGGAACCGUCAUUGCUAGUGCUUGACUUUUUAGUGAAGAUGAGGCCAAGAUGCGAAAAGAGAAAUGGCUUGGACUUUGCCUAUCAUGUAAGAAUUAAUGCUCAUUUUUCAGCUGUGGGGCAGGUGAUUUGAGCAGCUUUUCAUGAUGGGAUAUUAAAUUCUUUGCCCUGUUUACACUGGUGCAGCCACACCAGUGUUGUUGAAAAGUGGAUAUGAUUUUUUUCUGGUAUGGGCACCUCCUGGAUAGGCUAUGGACUUGUCUUUGCAUUUUAGUAUGGAACUGCAACUUUUCACCUUUUUGCCAAACUGUGAUUUCAACUGUGACUAAGGGGAGAUGUGAAGAGAACUCUAUCCUGUUUUAAUACCUCUGAAUUAAUAUUUCUUUGAGCUUCAGGGCUGGGGCUUAAAAGCCACUCACCUGCUUGCCUUGGCAGGAUAGGAAGCAUAUAUCAAUUUCUGCAGUGUAUGUUUCCUUUUGGUGGAGGGAAGUUUCUAGUCUUUAACUGUAGCAAAAAAAAACAAACAAACAACCUUUCAAAUGUGAGCUGGUGCGUUUUGUCUCCCUAGAUCUGUAGAAAGUCCCAGUGGCAAGUAGCAGCAGAGUGAAAUUAAUGCUACUAUGGACACUUUCCCUGUUGCUUUUAGCAUCCCUUUAAAUAGCUGUAAAAAUAACAAGAAUCACAUCAAUGCUGUGCUACUGCUUUUUGGAAAAACUAAAGCUUGAGGGGAAAAAAUGGUUGGGGAAGGGGAAAAGUAGAGACCCUUGCCAGCAAUCUUGCAGUAAAUGGAUGCAGGAUUGCAGGAAGGGAAAAGCAUUCCAGCAUUUGGAGAGAAGGUAGCGGGGGAGUCUAUAGAUUUAUCUGUAUCCAUAGCCAGAGGCUGGUAUGGAAGAGAUCCAUAUGUUGGCAGGCUCCAGGGAUAGCAACCUGGUACAAAUACAAGAAGCUGAAGUCUCCAGGCAGCCCCAGUACAUCUUUGUAUCAGGCUCUGGCUCCUCAUCAAUUAUGGGCCCGUGGAGUUUCCUGGUGGGCAUUCCCUGCUUGCCUUUCAUAUCAGCCUCCAGCAAUGGGUUUAGUCCUGUCUCUACUUUGGACUUUGGUAAACUUUUUAAGCCAUGGCGCUAUUGAAUUUGGUUUGCAAAAGAGUUGUGGCAAGCUAGUAAUGGUGUACAAAGUGUUUAAUUUCUAGAUCAGUGGCUUAAAUCCAGUUGGGGUUGGUAGUGACCAGCACGUGUUACCAACAUGUUCAGUGUUGGAAUUCCAUUUGGCGCUACUUGGCAGGCUUGCUGAAUGUCUGAGCAAAGAGACAGAGGGUGAUAUGGGCAUGAAGCCAGGACUCCCCGCACCUUUUUAUAUGGUCCUUCCAGAUCAGGAUUGAAAUAAAUUGAUAGGCAGGUCUUGCUUCCGAUGUCUGUGCUGCACCACUUCUGUGAGGACCAAUCUCCCACCUCUCUUCAGUAACAAAGUCACCUAAGAGUUUGGCCCCCAAUCCUGUAAAUGAUUUCAGGCAAGCUAGAAUCCCUGUGGCUUCUUUGGAGAUCCAUCUGAGCAGAUCCAUUUGUAAGACUGGGGCUUUAACUUUGUUCUACACCUGACCUUGUUUUACUAACCAAAACUGUUGCAUGAGUGAAAAACCAUUGGAAAGACUGUUUGUUUUGCGCAAAUUCUCCUCAGGAAGGAGGCUGUGAAUCAUGCAUCUUAAUGAGCAGCAAAACUAGCACCUAUUAAUUAAACUUUAUAAAAGUCUGCUGUUUUGCACAUGAGGAUGCCUGGUAAUUUUGAUGUGCAAUUUGAGCUUGCAAAUUGUUCCCAUUUCCAGUGACACAAAACACUGUUCUUGCUCCUGAAUAAAUAUUUUGGUAUGGAGAGAGGCCAAUGAGGUGUUGCGUCUUGAAGUCUCUAAUUUUAAACUCCAGGUUUCACAUAACUCCCAUAAUAGAGAUUUCCAUCAGUUAUGUCAAGGUGACUUCAGUGGCUAGUGCUUUUACCACCUCUCCAUACUUGUAAAAUGGUAACAAUACUCGCAGGGGUGAGUGCUUAUUGUGAGAUGUAAUUUGGUUAUGUUUGCAAAAUGCUUUAAGAUCUUUAAUGGGAAGUUCUAGAGAUGAACAGAUAAUUUUUACUUAAGAUACUCUUAUUCAAGGGGUAUUUUAACAGUAAAAAAUGUAUCUGUAUUCAGGUGGAAGCUAGUAUUAAGAAACACUACAGGUUUUUGUUCAAAAGGCAUUUUUAUUGGACCUUUUAGAACUGUUUUGGGAUAGAAAACUCAGCCACCCAGAGCUCCCAUUUUGUUACAGCUAGCAGAAUUGAGAUGUCAAAUCAUUCAACCUAGAAUCUGCCAAUAUUAGAUGGAUUAUAAAACUGCCAAAAAAGUCUUCCCAUCUUCAGAAUAUUUCCAGCUAUCUUGGCCAUUAUUGCUAAAAUGCUGUCUUGGAAAAAGCUUGGUGACAGUAAUAGAGCCUGGUACUUGGAGAGGAUUGAAAGUAUUUGGGAUUCUUGGUGGAAGGGGACAGAAGAUAUAGAGAAACAAUCAGUGAAACUUUCCGUAUUUGUGCAAGAGUUUGGCUGCAUUUUUGGUCCUAGGCUUGAGUAGGUUUUUAUGGAGACAUCUGGGAGCUGGGAUGUUAGUGUUCACUGUCCACUGGGCUGAAUUCUGGUCACACUGAAAUCACUGUGAAUCUGGCCACUGACUUCUGGGGGGCCAGAAUUUAGCACAUUGAAAGCAAACGGUUUGGCUUGUAUAAUUUCUUUGUGUUGCGUGUGAGCUCUGAGGUGCAAAUCCUGUCUUAAUUUUCCAUGACAUUCAAAUUAUCCCUACCUGUAACCUUUGUUAUCCUGUUUUAGUUCCCACUCCUGGGGAUUCUGAAGUGUCAGGUUUCCUAUGAUGGUAACCAUGUCCCAACUGUGAACAAGUUACUACUGUUUCCCUUAAUUUAUUUUGUCUCUAUUCCUAAAGUGGCUCUGUCUGCUUCAGAGGCGUUGUCCAAUGCCACUUUCUGGUGCUUGGGUAGCUUUUAUGCACAGGGAAUGGUUGCAAUGAAUAAAAAUGUUUUUAUGUUGGGGUGGGGAGAAUAGAAGCUUUCUAAGAAAGUAGCAGAAUUUUGCUUAUUCCAGCUGUCUUUAACUGUAUACAAACACUUUCAACAUUAAUCCAUUUAGCAUUAUUCUUAUUUAAUUUUAUUAUUAAUUGUAAUCUAGUUGUGCACCAAAGUAUUACAGCUUCCUACGUGACAAAGGGAGGAAUCUAAGAGGUCUUCAACAUUUUACUUACAUCCAUAUUUCUGGUUUGAGAAUCAUUGUUAAUGAACCUCUUAGCACUUGUCACUUGGAAACCUUUGAGACUGUGGGUAAGGAUGAGAAUGCUUUAUCGAUUAGCAUUUUGUUACACUUUAUUUUUUCCUCCAGAAUAGUCAACUAUUUAUAUUUUUGGAGAAACAAGCUUUCCUCUUCUGAAUCAUUUCCUGGUUUCUUCAGCCACCACCCCACCAUAUACCUGAAUUAAUCAAGAUGAUGAUACACUUGCUUACCCACACCUGAGCAGCAUUCCACAUGCACUCAGAAUACUUCUUAGUGCCACUCACAAGCUGUUCAGUUUGCUAAGAAUACAAAGGCAAAUGCCAGAGCCCCUUGUGUUUACAAGUGCUCCUGAAAGCAACUAGUGUUUGAGGAGGUAAAGUCAAUCUAGAGUACACAGAAACAGGUGCGUUAGCAGACUGGGGAGCCAAUGUUCGAAGGCCAAAAUGGUCAUCUGCAGCUCCAGCUGACUCCCUCAGGGGUUCUUGGUGUUCAAGACCCAGACUACCUAUUUCUGUUAGAAAAUGGUCCCCUUAGCUAUUUAGGUCUAGAGAGCUGUCCUUGAAUCAUGGCUGAAGUCACAACUGGCAGGAAGCUUCUUGGUGUCUUCCUAUGCUCUGGGUGUUGACAUAAGGAAAUCCUUACCCAAGGUAGCCCAGCCACACGUGUUAUAGACCAGGGGUUCUCAGUCCUUCCCAGCAGCAACCCCACUUCCAAGCCUGUUGUCCCAUUUCCAGUCCAACCCUGAGAGCUUUAGUUGAAUUUCCAUAGGGCUUGCAGCCCCACUGGUAAAGUGUCACAGCUGAUAGUUUGGGGGACACUGUCUAAGACAUGAGCAGCUCAGUACUGGUGUAGAUUGAAAUGCUUGAAACUAGCAGUGAGAUGUGUCAGCUAUGAUCUCAGGAGAGCACUGUUCCUAUUUCCACAAGUAGCACAGUUGUGAUUUCUUUUGCACGGUGCCAUAGAGGCAUGUAGUACAGCUCAGCUGUAUGAACUUUGCUGUUGGUGGCUUUGAGUGAGGUUCCAUGGGCAUGUAGAUGAUUGUAUGGGAUCUAAAUAUAACUCCUGGAAUCAGUAGCCUAGACCAGUGCUUCCAAGCAUCAUUUCUUACAGAUUUGAGCAGCUUACCUUUACCAAGGACUUGCUCCAGAUUCUGUGCAGUCUGACUACAAAGGGCCAGCUAAUACUUCAGGCAACUGACUCCUGACUUCUUGGUGAUACUUGCCUCUUAAAUCUGAGGACCUUAGGUGUAAUAAAGGCUAUAUUCACCAAAAUGACUUUGGGGGAACCCCUUGCAAGGGAAAACGAAGCAGGAAUUCAGGGAUGGGAUAUGCCUUCCUCUGGAGCAUUGAGCUAAAAUAAUCUGGCCAGGUCACAGCAGUGCUCCUUAUCUGAGCAACUUCGUGGGAAUGCAAGGUUAAGAGGUAUUGACACACCUUCCUUUUGAGAAGGUGGGAAGGAUUGUCUGAGUUCUGACUCUAGUCUGCAGAAACCAUCCUUACACCAUUGCUGUAUCACUGGCUGUGCUGUGCAGUGGAAGUGUUCAUUUGAGUCUUUGGGUCUGAGCAGUGUGUCUAGCAGAGUAAAACUGCAACUUCAGUAGAGAACCAGUGGGCUUGGACAAAAGGAUGUGGCUAACUUGUCCUACUGCAAUGAGUAGAACAAUCCCUAAUUGACUACAAGGUGUUUUCUCCAGGUUUUUAAAUUCCCUGGUCAUCUUUGCUUUGAAGUGUGACAGUGAAGCUGUCAAAGUCCAGGCGUGUAGGCUCCAUUUUUUACCCACCUUAAAUUCUGUAAUGAAUGGCACAUGAGAGAACCAAAGUGAAGGAGCCAUCAAAUCUUGGUGCCACCCUACCCUACCUUCUCCCAACAGGUGUUGAGGUCUAGAAAAUGGUAGAGGAUAAUUUGUCCUGGUUCUGCUGCUGCUGUCUAGUUAGCUGGGACAGAUGGCCCCUCUAGAACAUACAUGUACCCACCUUGAAAGAUGGCUUUGCAUUCACAUAGCUUACUGGCCUGAUCGAAAAGAGGAAACAUGCUCAGAAGAUGAGAUUAGGAAGGGUUGGUGUCUGGCAUAUUGGCUUUAAUAUCAUGACUUAAGUUCUUCGCUGGUUCUUUUUAUGUAUUAGAAUAAGUUGCUUUUCUUUUGCACCUGACAUCUGGCCUCUUGAGGUCCACUGGCUAUUGACAAAUCCUUCUGGCACUAUGAAAAAGGGAGAGACGACACUGGUGAAGAAAGCUAGAGAUGUUUUGGCUUUCUUGUGGCUUAGCAGAACAUCAGUUAUUAGCCACUAAGACUGGUCAUUAAUGAAGUGAUUAGGUACAGAAGUGGGCAACUGGUUAUUAACCUACCUUAAAUACAGGAUGACCGUAGUAUAUAUUCUGAACCUGCAGCACUCCUGAAUUAACCAUGUACCUCAACAGUACACCUGAGUAAGGGUUGUAACCUGGUUGUGGAACAGUACUCCUUGCCCUGUAGUUUGGAGCUGUGUUGUCUACAGUGACUGUCUAUAGUGUAAUUGGGUCCUAAGGAAGGUACUGAAAGUGCCGCAUUUGUACAGAGGUCUACCUGUACAGAGUUUAUUGUUGUUAGUCUUCUCCCCUAGUAGAGGCCACGCCAGUUCCAUUUGCUUUCCGUUAACGCCAAGGUUUUGUUGCAUACAGAUAACCAGCAGUGUAUUCUGAACACUGUGCCUUCCUUUUGGAAUAACAGCCUGUGUAUCCCUUGUGAUUUAGGCUGGAGAUUCUGGCUCACAGAAGAUAGUUAUUUAGAUGCUCAGACUGGAGGGAAGGCCUUGACAUCCCAUUUAUCUUGUCCUGUACCAACCAGUUCACAGGAAUGAUGGAAUGGUCCUGUACCGCUUCGCUGUGGAAUGAAUAGUGCUCAGUCUGUGUCAUGAGGUGACUUUCACAAACAGCUUGUAGACACAAGUCCUAGAGUCCAAAAUGACCCGAUUCAGAGAGUUCCUUUUAUUGCCCUAGAAACUAAAAACAUGACAGAGCUCUGUUCAAACCUCCCCAGGCUUAGCUUCGCUUCUCUUAAGGUUCCUCUUGUUGCAUUGCUCAGACCACGCUCCAGAUCUUCUCCCAUUUCCCCUUUCUGUAGUGGGAUUAAUGUUCCACUUAACUCUGUGAGUCAGAACUCACCUCACAUUCAUCUACAGUCGGUGCCUCUUGGCAGGGUGAGGUGUUUCAGGCAAACCCUAUGAGCUAGAUACAGUCCAAUUUUAAUCUACUGAUCCCUAUGAAGUAAAGAGCAGAUGAAGGCUCUCCAGCUUAUUUUUUGCAAAUACAAAAAGGGAUUUAGGUCAGCCUGUUUCUAAUUGUGGUCUCUUGGCUCUGCCUCAUAAGGAUUGGGGCUCUAUUAUGCCAAGCACUGUACAAACAUAUAGGGAAAUAGUUGAAGGCAGUUUAGAAACUCCCUCUCCGAGACCAUAAUAGAAAUAUUAGUGGCUUCCGAGCUGUUGCUGUCUCCAGCAGGAGUUCCUCUAAUAAGCCAGUUAGAGAACAGAGGUGUAGAGGCAUAUUCACUUCAAAGCAAAUAUCUGGUAGUGACCAGUGGGACAGAUGGGGACUCGCAUGGUUGGGGAGUAUGGGGUAUUCUAUAUUUUUGCUACAGUAACUUUAAAUUAUGUAAGUUAGCAAAGAGCAGCUCCUUUUCCUUGAAAAUGGGCAAAAUUUACUUUAAAUUACACUAAUCUCAAUCAGCUAUAGCCUCCCAUGGCAGUCAUUUGUAAUGCUUUUUAAAGUAAAUGGUUGUGGGUUGGUGCUUUAUUUUUGUAAAUGCAUGUUUAUAGCCAGAUUUCCUUGUUUGCUGUGACUUGAUGCUCCACAUUAUUUUAAAACAUUAAGACUCAAUGUUGAAAUUGUGGCUGAAGAGUAAUCUUAGACUUCUUUAUUCUUGAUGCAAUAUUUUUUGCACUUACCUUUAGCUCCUGUCGUCUAGCGUCUGCUCUCUCCGUUAGGUAGCUCUUUAGAGUGGAGGGACUUCAGGGUCACAGAGGCAUGUGAAAUGGAGGAAGGAGUUUAAGGGAUUGCAGCAGCAUGGGCCAGCAUGUAACUGAAGUGGACUGGGGGGACGUCCCUUAGUUCUGUAACUUGCUGGCUUUGGUGUAAUGCUUUAAUGAUAGUCAUAAGAUUGUCUUCUCACAUUAAGCAGUCCCCUGUUAAGAAAGCGCUUUUGCUGAUGUGCAAUAUUGAUGGCUGACUACAGGUUUUGCUAGUGUGAAUUCAGGAGCAAGCAUGUGUUUGGUUGCUUCUGCAGCCAAGUAUAUGGAUGAAUUGUCAGGCCAUUCCCAUGGGUUGGAAAACAGAAGCACUUUUUUCCCCAGGAAGAAACUAAAUCCUUCUUUUAUCCCCAGUUGGCAUGUGCUUUGCAAGUGUUUCCACUGUUGCCAGAGUGGUCAAGAGGGUUAAUGGCUCCAGCUGUCCUAGAACUACAACUGAGCUGGGUGGCAGGUGCCUCAUAGCAGGGAACACUAAGGCUUUGAAAAGGGACUUAGAAGGACCAGAGCAACAGAGGUAUACCAGUGCAGUUCUGUACCCUGGGCAGUGGCUGCACAUGGGGCACUAGCCAGGCCAGGCUGGCAGCACAAUGGCUACUAUUUUUGCACACCCCCCUCCCCAAGUUGGCACCCAGGGCUGGUGCCCUGGUCAUUCCCUGCCCCCCACUCCCCCAGCCCCCCCCAGGUCCCCAGUUCACAUAUGCAACGUAAAAGAAAAAAAGACAUUUCAGUUCUUCUUUUGUUGUGAUUGUUGCAAAUGAGGAGCAAAAUCCACUUCUGGCAAGUCAGCGAUCAUUCAGGAGAGAUCCAGAAAUGCCAGCUUGUUUCUAUAGGUGUUUUUCCCCCCCAAUGUUUCAGUUUCUAUUUUAUAAAUAGGUAACUUACUCACUGCUAUUUUAGAAAUCUUUCAAGGCGGUUGGAUGGGGGUAUACCUGAAGUUUGACAAUCUUUAUUAGCCCUCUGGUUGGGGUCUGGGGCUGCCAGUUAGAGAAUCUAAGCCAGUUUAAAGGCCCUUAAGCUGUACGAGUAAAUAUGUGUUUGUUCAAACAGGCUUCUGUAGUUACCCAUUUAAUGUGCCCCUAUGUGUUUGCCUGAGUCUUUGCCUGUCUGCAUGUCCAUGUGCAUCUGUUGGUCUAACAUGGGAGCUUUUCAUCUGUGAAAAUGCAAACCCUCUAUGGACACGUUCAGGGUAGUGGAUAUUGGUCUCUGUAGCAGGGGCUGAGCUUGCGCAGCAACUUGUACAUUUGUGCCACAAAGGAGAAAGAAAGUGUAAUUUCUCUCUGGCCCUCUUGCCAUGAGAUGUGUAGGAAUAUUGGUGGUGGAACCUACAGAGGAUCACAUCAGUAAGAAACGACACCGUUGCAUUUCAGGGGACUGUACAGGAGUGUUCACAUUAGAGCAGCAACAGCCACUGGAAAUCCAGGAAGUGUCCUUAAGCUCAUACUUCACAGCACUGGCACAUCCACUUUGAAGACAGCUGAAGUCAGAGGUGUUCAGCUCACCUAUGUAGGGAUACCAGGAGCAAAGUCAUUAACACAGCUGUUGAGAUUGGUGAACCCUACUUAUAAUAGGAAAGGGAACAAGUGUCCAUCAGUUCUGUGAGGCAGAUAGUCUAAAUUGUGGAGCUUUGUAGCAGCAUACAGUUAAGUCCUCCCUGCAAAACUGCUUCUCCGCUGCAGCAGCAUGGCAAGAGGAGGGCUCAGUCGAGGUGUUGGAGCUGCAGGUAUUUGGUAGGGAUUUGGGAUUUGGUAGGGAUUUGGUAGGCUUUGGGAUUCACUUCUGUUCCCAUGCCAGAGGGCAGAGUACAAGAUCUGUCUCUUAUCAGGUAAUGCGAAUGCUAGUUCAGGUUGGAGCUAUGAAAGCUUAUUUUCUGUGCUUUCUUAGGUGCUUGUUGCCCUCUGGGAAGAGGAGCUCAUGUAUUUGCACCUUCCUUGUGAAAUGAGACUGAGUUAGAGCACCUAGACCUGCUGGUACAUCAGAUAAAUACGGUAGAAGCAGCUCAACUGCACUGCAGGCCACAGCUUCCUAGAGUCCAGGGGCUGUGAGAUUAGGGCAAGGGGAGGUGGCAGCUUUUACUGCUUGACAAAAGCAGCAGGAUAGUUGUUUCCAAAUGUCAGUGAAAACUACAGUGCUCCAGCGUGAUGGCCUGCCAGCACAUUGACAGUGUAAAGCAUGUGAUUCAAUUUGCCACUGCUACAUACAAGCCUCUCUUCACCCCCCUGCCUCCACUUCUAUUAGCGCUCUUACAUAAGCGUUGGCAUCCCAUGUACGCAGCCACAGGCUCCCAGUGGGCAAGAACAUAUUGCCUCCUGCAGACAGAAAAUCACCCCUUGCCCCUCUGAUCCUGGUGACCAACACAGGGAGGGAUCAAAUGCCUUGAUACAGACUCUUCCUCAUACUGGCCCCUUUCAGUCUGAGAGGCACAUUUAAUUCCCUGUGCUCUGCCGUGGACUCCCAAGGAGGACGAGAGAAUUGUCAGGAGCUGUAUCAUCACUGCCCUUGUGGCUCAGCUUACCAGAGCCUGCUUCUGCUUCUCCUGAAGACAGUGACUUUCCAGAGGCAGGGGGCAAAGCACUUCUGGAAGCCAGCAUAGUGCAGCAUGCACAACUAUAGCAUUUGCGCAGGCAGAUUGCAGAUGCUAGCACCCAGCGUUAAAGGGGAUGCCUUUCUGCUGGCUGAAAUGCCUUACAUUCUGGACCUGGUCCUAUUCCAUAUUUCCUGAGUUGUGUGUUAGGACAUUGGAGGGUGUCUGGAAACACAGCUGGAAGCAAGUAGGCUGGUUUGUUUGGUAAAAAAAGAAGGCUAGUGACAAAGGGCAAGAAGAAUAGAUGUGUGUGUCCAGAUAAGGGUGUAUUUGGUAGCUGUGUUGGUCUGAGACAGAAAGACAUACAAAGACAUAAAAAAGACAUUUUCCCAGAGCCUGAUGAAGGGACUUUGAUCCCGAAAGCUUGCAGAAAAGGACAAUUUUCUUGCCAUUUUCCGGUUGGUCUAAUAAAAGGUAUCAUUUUGGAACCAAGAAUUCUAGUUUUUUGUACGUCUUUAUGUCCAGAUAAGGAGUUUGCCCCUUCAGUGUCCAGUUCUGUUUCAGGUCCUGUUUCGCCAUCCUUUGCUAUUUUGACUGAUUUAAUUGGUUGUUGGCAAGAGGGGUUGGACAGAGCAGGAAUGAAGUAAACCAGCAAAGCUUGAUUGGAAAGAACCUUGCCUGGCUAGGACAGUGGUUUUCAACCUGUGGUCUGUUGGCCCCUGGGGGUCCACAGACUAUGUCUGAGGGGUCUGCAAAAAUGACACUGAUCAGUCAAAAGUAUGUGAAUACCCAGACACAAUUCCAGACCUCCAUUCAGAAUUGUUUAGGUGGCAAGUGUUGGCUGUGUGGCUGGUUCAGGAGUUUGUCACUGGCUGAGAUUUUCUUAAGCUAAUGUAUUGAAUUAAUGGGAAUCAAUCACCCAGAUCCUCCAACUGGCUUUAAAAAUGGCACUUUCUGAAAUUCACAAAGUCAUGGGUCAGUGAUUCUCAACUUUAUUAGACUCAAGGCACCCCUCAGAAAGUGCCAGCUCUUAGUUUUCUCUCAUUUCUUGACUAUGGAGAAAUAGAAUAAUUCUUCUGUUGAACUCAGAAGGACCCUAGCAAGUCUGAAUGGUUUUGACACUAUAGGUACCUAUUUGAAAUCCCUGGGUUUGUCUUGUGAAUCAUGUGCAGAUGUUUGCACACCUAAUAGUGUUAAUAUUGUGCGGCGCCCUGCUUGAGACUCACUGUCAUAGAGAUUUCCAAGCAACUGAUAGCUUGAGUUUGCCUUUGCUUCAGACCUUUGCAAAUGAAAUAGCUUCUAAUCAUAUGUUCCAUUGUACAAUGGGAGUAAUUUAGCAGAACAAAUGACUGAGCGUGAAAAAUCUAAUCUCGUUUUAGUGUCUUCAUAUUUAAACUUUUUUUUUGGAUGAAUCAUUGAUUGCAAGGUCAUCUUGCUUAAAAGGUGCUGUAGAAAUCUGCUGUUUCCAGUUUCUGGUCACAGCUCUGAUCUUCCCAUUUUGAUUAAAAGUAAAUCAGGCUGUAUUUGCUGUUAACAUCGUCACUUAAAAUUAAAGCUUCUAGGAGGGUUGUCCAGUAUAUAUUGGUGAACCUUUUGAAACACAUUCAGACAUCUUGAAAUACUACUGUGUAACUUGCUUGUUUAAACUUUUACAUAUUAUGAUUAAGUAACAUUUUUUCCAAGUUUUUUAAGACACUACUAAAAAUCACUGCAUUGUUUUUCCCCAGGCACUAUCAGAUGUAUUAAAUCCUAGAAUUUAGUUUAAUUCUUGAAGAUCCAUUUUAAAGGCCCAGAAACUUUAUUCAUGAGUAUUUUAAUUAUUUUUAUAUUGCAGUACAAAUAUUUAUUUAAACCUUCCCCUCCUAUAUUUGAAAUUCAGACCCUGGAUCAUUGGCAAGAGCACAAGAAACUGUGAAAUGUACUGGAAAUGGAAAGUAAAACUGACCAGUCUAGUUUCACUGGUGAUUGUAGAAGUAAUGGCAUAAAUGGAGAGAAGCAAAAUCGGAAAGGGUUAAAUCUGGAAAAUAGUGUUGAAAAUGGACAAAUCCUUUUAUAGUAAUCUGUUACGGUGAAUUUAGUGGUUGCUUAUGUGCCCUCCUUGGUGAAAGGUUAUAUCUUGAGGUUCACAGAUUUAGAAAAGGGCUGCUGGUACAUUUUUAUCUAGAUGUUGAGGGCACUUGGCAGCAAUGGCAGUUUUGUGCCUCUGGUGACACUAUACCCUGUAUGGCUUUCACGCAUAAGGGAGCUCUAGAAAUAACUGUAAAGCUUUUAUUUACUGCAGUGUGAAGAUAUCAAGUGGGGCUGGGAGUACUGGGAAAGAGGAGGUUUAAUUGUUAUGUUGGAAGUUGGAAACUCUAGGAGCUUCACACUACCAAGACAGAGAAGUCUUCCUUUAAAUGGCAGCUCCUCAUGUUGUCGAAGGCUUAUACUACUCAACAGAUCUGUUUCUGCAGAUGAAUGCUCUCUGCUACUUGUUCCCCCCGCCUUCCCAUCUUGCUCCCACAGUAAUUCUUUCAAGCCUGCUGCUGCAUCAUAAUUUGACCUCACUUUACAGUGAUUUGUAUGGCAGCUUUACUCCAUUAAACAACAUCAGUUGCAUUCGGUUAGUAGAGCCUGGAGACUGGUAACACCUUGUCAGAAUGCAGGCUUAGGGCAAAAUCUGAAUCUCAGACUUGCUACAUACACUCUUGACUUCAAUACAGGACUGUCCCAGGGCAAGGUACCUGCCCACAUGACACAUGCUGUGCUCUUCCUAGUCCCUAGGAACUUGGUUUAGCUUUGAGACUCCUCACUUGGCAACCAUUGACUUGCAAAGGAUUCUACAACCCCAUUGUCAGCAGGGCACCUGAACCAGGGAAGUCUCCAAGUGACACGGGCUCUUUUUAAUGUGAGAUGGAAAGAGCAUGGUAAGCUGACUCUGCCACCAGAUAUUCAUGUUGUGCUGUAUUCCUUCCCUUGUGCUUGGUUUUCAAUAGGAGGUGGAUAAGGAGCAAGAGGAGACAAAGUAGCAGAGGUCUUGGGCUACUGGGGGGUGCACGCGCAGGUGUGUGCACGCAUGUGCAUGCACCUAGUUUUCUCCCAUCUCUUCGGUACUUCUCUGCCUCUGUCCCCAGCCAGGGUCCACAUUGGCUUUUGAAGGUGCCCUCACCUCAUUUCAAAGAAGCCCCUACUUCCUUACUUCAACCCCAAACUUUCUAUGUGAUGCUGUGAAUGUGACUUUAAACCUCUGGCUACAAGGCCAGUGGCUCUUUACAAUGCAUCCAUUAAAACUGCCUGUAGCAUAAGAUGCUGUUAAAUGCAGUCAGGUGAAAGCACUGUAAAAGAAUUGCUGUGACUGAGGAAACAGUUCAGGUGAAGACUAUAACCACCAAAUGUGGACAGUGCUGAAUGGGCACUUUCCCAAGAGGAACUUGCAGACAGUAGCAUUGUAACAAAGGGUAACUUGUUAAGUGGCUUUGUAUUGCAAUUUGCUAAUCAGAUUUGAGUAAGAAGAAAACUAAACUGACAAUCAAUUUCUAACAGUGAAAGCCCCUCAGAGGGGCGGAGUGAACCUUGCAUCCAGCAGCUGGAGCCAGGCAUUCACCCCGCUUAAGAAAAGAAAAAAAAACCCAUAGGAAUUGUUUUCUUCCCAGGAGCGAUCACUCCAUAGCCGAGAUGCGUGAAGCAGCUGAAGAUUCACAGACCGGUAACUACCUCCCUCUCUGAGUGCUGAGGUUGUCAUGCUACAUACUUUGCUCUUGUCAAAGCUUUCAUGUAAAACACCCUUUUAUUCCCUCUUCCCUUCCCUGCAUUUAAAAAAUGCAAGUCUGCUCUGUAAAGCGACAUUGUGAAAAUGGUGCCCCCUUCCCCUGGGGUUCUGCAUUCAUCAGAGCUCUCUGCCUGUUUCUAACAUCCAGCCCUGCAAACUCACUUUGGGCUCUGAAAGACAAGCUGGGUUCCUUCCUGCUUGUACAACCUGUCUAAUCCUGAAGGCUCUGCUGGAUAAAUCCCAGGGUGAGACCUGCAGCUUGGAGGCCUUUGCUUCCUCCAGCUGCAAUGUUGCAGAGAGCCCUGCCAGAGGGAGGAGCAGGAGUAGAACCAGUUGCCCCUGAUGAAAUGCAGCUGGUUCUGGAGAGCUGACAGGAGUGAAAAGCAAUAAAACCCUUUCUUUCAGUCACUAGUCAGCAGAUCAGCUCGGUUAGAUGGUGCCAUUUUUCCAGCGUCCCUUUUCAAACUAGAACAGCACUUUAACUCGGUUGCUUAAAAAAUCCCCGUUACUGAAGAAAUGCACUUUAAAGCGGAAGGUGUGUACGGCUGCUGCGCUGGAGCCAGCUGCAUGUGCAGGUGGAUUGGUUUAGCAGGAGCGUUGAGGAGGGAGUGAUGUUGCUAGACCUUCGGCUGCUGCCAUUGUCUCCUGCAGCAUAGUAAGCAAACGCAGCUCUACCUCCUACCUCAGCACACCCUCCUACUGUGAGAUCAAGGCCCCGUCUACACUAAAAACAGGAGUCAAACUACCUAAGUAAACCCCAGUUGCAGCUCAGUCGUAGUGUAGCACUAUCUGGACUGGCACGUGUUGACCCGUCCAAACCCUUUUAUAAUUGGUUUGAAGUGCCCUUGCCUGUAAAGCAUAUUUGAAAUCCAUUUAUAAUAGGUCAGAGUUAUACACACAGUUAUAACACAGCAGAUGGCACUGUCGGUGGGUGCCUGGCUGAGCUAUGUUAUAACACAGCUGAGCCACAAUGGAGCUGCAACUCUUUCUUUCUUUUUUUCACUAUUGUACACGGGGCCCUUGUCACUUCUAUGGUUUUUAAGAAUCUAAAUUUUCUUUCUCCCAUACGGAUUGUACUUCAGCUUGGUUUUUACAGUAACCAAAAAUAUAUAUAUAAUAGAAUUGGGAUGUCACCUUCAGAUGCUCACCAAUGAAUCAACCUUUUUUAGAACACGUGACCUAACACCUGGGAUUUAUUUUUCACAGGUUUGAAGUUUCCUGCUGUACUAAUUUCUUCUUCUUCUCUUUCUUUCUUCUUCCCCUCCCCCCCCUUUUUUUUUUUUGGUUGUUUGUUACAGUCCUGAUUUUGUGAAGUCAGUGUUCACACUUAGUUUGCAGCAGGUUGAAUGCAACCCUGCUGUGUGUAACUCGUGGAUAUCAGAACUGUUCUUAAAUGAUUUUACAAGCUUAUCCCAGGCCGGUCCACUAACAUUCCUUCCCUUUUCCUCUCCCAGUGACCCAGGCACACACCAGCACUUGCUGGAGGCUACUUGUUGCCUAGGUGAAGUAGCCCACAGUGACUUCUGGUGGUGUUUGGAGGAAAUGGGACAAGAGAGGCAGAAGGACUGGAGUUUGGGGCAGGGGGAAGUAAAACAUGAGGAUGAAGAUAAAGAAGUGUACAAAUGCAUUUAAAGCAGUUUAGCAAAAAGCUCUCUCGUUGAACAGCUUUAAGAACAAUGUGAAUGAAAACUUAGCAACUUGGUUAGGAAUCUUUGAAAAUUCUAUAAAUGUAUUACUUGAAAUUCUGUUUGUAUUAAAAAUUGCAUUUUCUUCUUUCUUUUAACACUGUGUAAAAGAACAUUAUGCAUGUGAGUGGUUUGAGAAUUAAAUGGUUUAAUACUCAA